AUGGCUACCCCUAGUGUCCUCGCUUUUGACGCUGAGGGUCGAGCCAUUGACUUUGAGGUCUGGGUCGACGACCUGCAGCUGUUCUUACAGUGCGAUAGGGCGGACGGUCUUUCUCUCUUUGACCUCACCUCUGGCGCCUCUCCUGCACCUGCUGCUGAUGCUGACCCCACUGUUCGCUCUCAGUGGGCCACCCGCGAUGCUGCUGCACGUCUUGCUGUGCGUCGCCACCUGCCUACCACUGAGCGCGCGCACUUUAGUCAGUACAAGAGUGCUCAGACCUUGUACAACGCUGUAGUUGCGCGCUACUCUUCCCCUGCCACUGCUGCACUGAGCCGCCUCAUGCUACCUGACACUCGCUACCGCGCCGCGCUGCCUGCUGAGUUCUGCGCCAAGAACCCCCCCCCCCCCAUGUACAUCACUCUCUAUUACAUAGUCACCCGCCUCCCUGACUCCCUCCGCGUAGUCAGGGACCACUUUCUCUCAGUCUGUCCCACCACUCUCACCGUUGACCUCCUAGAGAAGGCCCUCCUAGCAGCGGAGAAGAGCAUAGUCGCUGUAGGAGCCUCUCGUGGUGACCCUCGCACCCCCAUCUUUGAGGGGUGUUCCCCUUCCCCCUUGCUGCCCUCUGUCGCCUCUGCUGCUGCGGCCGACCUACUUGGUCUUGUGUCGGUCGGUGUGGCGUCUGCCCCUAGCGGGAGACGCCGCUCUGGCAAGGGCAAGGGGGGCAAGGGCGCGGGUGGAGCUAGCGGGGGUGGUGGAGGUGGCGGUGGAGGCGGCGGAGGGAGUGGGGGUGGCGGUGGGAGUGGUGCCGGGGGUGGAGGUGGCGGUGGCAGCGGCGGAGGCGGAGGCGGCGGUGGCGGUAGCGGUGGGAGCGGAGGCGGCGGUGGCGGCGGAGGUGGAGGCGGCGGUGGUGGAGGAGGUGGAGCUGGUCGAGGUGGUACUUCUCAGCGGAGCGGCUCCGGGAGUGGUCAGCGCCAGCAGCAGCAGAAGCAGCAGCGUUCUCGAGACAUCCCCCCUCCUCAGCAGCUCCGUGAGUGGUACACGCAGCGUCAGCGUGGUGGGGGUUUUGGCCCGUGCGCCUACGUCCUCCGCUCCGGUGACCGCACGGGUGAGCAGUGUGGGGGUGCUCACCCCACCCAGCGCUGCUUUGGCCGCCUGAUGGACGCUUGGCGUCAGCAGUUCCCGGAGGCUAGUGAGAUCCCCCGCUGGGGAGAGCUGUCUAGGGCAGGCGUAGCUAUCUUUGAUCUUGACUUUGAUGCAAUCGUUGCUGCCAUGUAUGCUGUGACUAUUAGUGAUGAGGGUGAUUGUUUCCCGCCCGACCCGGGCAUUGGUACCACGUCAACUUCGGCCUCCCUCUCCUUCACACUUGACUCGGGGGCUUCUCGCUCCUUCUUUCGAGACCGCACCACACUCACGCCGCUUGGUCGGCCAGUUGCAGUCUCCCUGGCAGACCCCUUUGGGGGUCCUGUCCUCUCUCACUUCUCCACUGUCCUCCCGUGUCCGACUGCCCCCUCUGGCACCUUGUCUGGUCUUUACCUCCCCUCGUUCUCUACAAACUUGGUGAGUGGUGCUGACCUGCAGGAUACGGGGGUUCACCAGUUCACUCCUGCGAGUCAGCGGGUGACCCACUGCACGGACGCUCGGACAGGCCGACACCUGGCCACGUUUACACGUCGGCCGGGGUCGAGCCUGUACACACUGACCACUGAGUCUCCUCCAGUCACUGCGCCUGGUCAGGUAGCUGAGUCGGGUCAGGUGUUUGCUGCAGCGUCCAGGUCUUGUCCUGAGUCUGCCACCUGCUCGUGUCGCCUCCUGUCUCACGAGACUCUCCUCUGGCACCACCGUCUUGGUCACCCCUCCCUGCCUCGUCUCCGAGGCAUGGCUUCCCGUGUCCUUGUCUCUGGUCUUCCCCGGUCCCUCCCUCCCCUUCCUCCGGGGCCUGGUCCUUCCUGUGUCCCCUGCGGAGAGUUCUCCUCUGGCCUCCUGCAAGCCUACUGUCGUGCGCGAGGCAUCCGCCAGACCUUCAAGCUUCCGGACUCUCCGCAGCAAAAUGGGAUUGCUGAGCGCCGCAUUGGCAUGGUCAUGGACGUCGCUCGUACGUCUAUGAUGCAUGCGGCUGCCCCCCAUUUUCUGUGGCCGUUUGCGGUUCGGUACGCGGCGCAUCACAUCAACCUUCACCCCAGGGUCUCCAGACCGGAGACCUCCCCAGCCUUGCUGUGGACGGGGAAGGUCGGCGAUGCGUCUGCGUUCCGUGUCUGGGGAUCUCGGGCGUUUGUCCGCGACUUGUCUGCGGACAAGCUGUCCCCUCGUGCUGCUCCCUGUGUCUUCCUUGGCUUCCCCCCUGACGCCCCUGGGUGGCAGUUCUACCACCCCACCUCUCGUCGUGUUCUGUCCUCCCAGGACGUCACGUUCGACGAGUCAAUACCCUACUACCGCCUCUUCCCCUACCGCACUCCUUCCCUCCCCCCGCCACCGCACUUCCUUGUGCCAGGUAGAUGCAGUUGA